CCGGAAGGGGAGUGGGCGGGGCCGCGGCCGGAGCGGCGAGUAGGGCGCGGAGCUGCGGUCCGGCGGAGUGAAGGCUCCCUGGAGCCCCGGGAUGCCCCGGCAUGGCCUGCGGCGCCCCCCAGCAGACCAGCCAGAUGGCAGAGGAGAUCCCGGGCUUCCUCGACACCUUCCUCGGUGACUUCCCGGCCCCGCCUGGCCCCGAGAGCCCGCUGCCGUGGGACGCGCCCGGGAGCUUGCUGAGCCAGGAGGCCGAGGGGGAGCUGCUGGAGCUGGCGGGGACCUUCCUGCGGAACAGGAAUGCUGUGCCACACCUCGCCUCGUCCCUGGCCCACGCAGCCGUGUCCCGGUUGUUGCAGACUGACCUCUCCGAGUACAGGAAGUCGCCCCAGCAGCAGGAGGAGAACCAUGAGGAAGAGGAGACAGACCCUGUGACUCUACUGGAUGCCAAAGCCCUGGCCAGGAGCCUCUUUAACCAGCUCUGGGAAGUCUGUGGUCAGUGGCAGAAACAGGUGCCACCGGCCGCCCAGGGCCUGCAACGCCAGUGGCUGGUCUCUGUCCAUGCCAUCCGCAACACCCGCCGCAAGAUGGAGGACCGCCACGUCUGCCUGCCCACCUUCAACCAGCUCUUCGGCCUGUCCGACUCCGUGGACCGCGCCUAUUUUGCCGUGUUUGACGGUCACGGAGGGGUGGACGCUGCCAGGUACGCGGCUGUGCAUGUGCACGUUCAGGCCGCCCGCCAGCCAGAGCUGUCCACCCAGCCCGCAGAGGCCCUGAGACGCGCCUUCCAGCGCACCGACCACAUGUUCCUCGGCAAAGCCCGGCGAGAGCGGCUGCAGAGUGGGACCACGGGGGUGUGCGCGCUCCUCGCAGGCAGGACCCUGCACGUGGCCUGGCUCGGGGACUCCCAAGUCAUCCUGGUGCAGCAGGGACAGGUGGUGAAGCUGAUGGAGCCGCAUAGACCGGAGCGGCAGGACGAGCGGGAGCGCAUCGAGGCGCUGGGCGGCUUCGUGUCUCACAUGGACUGCUGGCGAGUCAACGGCACCCUGGCCGUCUCCAGAGCCAUUGGGGACGUGUUCCAGAAGCCUUACGUGUCCGGGGAAGCGGACGCCGCCUCCCAGGAGCUGACAGGUUCUGAGGACUUCCUGCUGCUGGCCUGCGACGGCUUCUUCGAUGUCGUCCCUCACCAGGAGGUCCCCGGCCUGGUGCAGGCCGGCCUAGUGGGGCGGCAGGGCAAUGGGCUGCGCGUUGCUGAGGACCUGGUCGCCGAGGCCCGCGAGCGGGGCUCCCACGACAACAUCACGGUCAUGGUGGUCUUCCUCAGAGACCCCCGCGACCUGCUGGAGGCCAGGGAGGGAGUAGGGGACCCCCAGGCAGACCGCGGGAGCCGGGACUUGCUCUCUGGCCGCCCAGAGCCGAAUACGGACGCUCCGCAGCCCAGCUAAGCCGUCCCGGCCCCU